AUGGAUAAUGAUCCUGAUCCUGAUACUACUGACGAUGAUCGUGAUGAUCGUGGUCAUGGUGGUUUUCGACCAGGUGCUGGUAGAAAACGAAAACAAUCAGCAGCAUCUAUUCAAAAUAUGUCACAGAAAAGACGUGAAGGAGCUGCACAAAGACAAGCUAUGUCUAGAUAUGGAUCUAAAUUAACACAAUGGAUAAAUGAAUUAAAAUGGUCACGUCAAGGUAUUCAAUCAUCUCAUCAAGAUAAUGCAACUGCUCUAUUGGUUAUAUUUAUAUAG